AAGGCAGGAGGACCAACCGGGACCUCCUGGGCUGGAAGCGGACUGGCGCCUACUUCCUGUGCCAGGCUUCUGGGCGGCACUGGACCGUGGACUCUGGCCCAGGACUUGGCCGUCCUGCCCUCUGCCUCUCCCGGACCCGGCCGCCACCAUGCUGACCCCCAGGACUGCACUCUUCUUGACUCUGCUCCUGGCUGGGGGCUCCCUGAGCCAGAGGGCUCGGAGACCCCCUCGGCCAGCGUCCCCGAUCAGCACCAUCCAGCCGAAGGCCAACUUCAAUGCUCAGCAGUUUGCAGGGACGUGGCUCCUUGUGGCCGUGGCCUCCUCAUGCCACUUCCUGCAGGAGCAAGGCCACCGGGCCGAGGCCACCCUACUGCGUGUAGCUGCCCAGGGCGCAGCCAUGGCUGUCAGCACCUUUCAGAAGCUGGAUGGGAUAUGCUGGCAGGUGCAGCAGCUCUACCGAGACACGGGAGUCCCCGGCCGCUUCCUGCUCCACGCCCGAGGUGCCCGCAGGGCAGUGGACGUGGUCGUCGGGGAGACAGACUACCAGGGCUUCGCUGUCCUGUACCUGGAGCAGAAGCGGCGGCUGUCGGUGAAGCUGUAUGCCCGCUCGUUCCCGGCAAGUGACUCGGCCCUGAGUGCAUUUGAGCAGGGGAUCCAGAGGGCCAACCUGACCGAGGACCAUACCUUGUUCUUCCCCAAGUAUGGUUUCUGCGAGGCCGCAGACCAGUUCCACGUCCUAGAUGAAACAAGGUGAGUCCAGGCGGCAGCCCUGACCUUAGAAGGAGUGAAGAUCCUGAAGGGGUUGGCACCUGCUACCCUACUCACUGAGCCCCGGGGCCGCAUGGGGUCAGGGCCACCCCAUGGGGGGACGCUCUCCCGUGUGUGCCCCGAAGCUGCCCAUCACCCACGGAGCUCAGGAGCAGUAUCUUCAUUAAACGCUGUCCAGC